UACCGUUGCUUGAUUUCAAAGCGCCGAUCACUCACUCACUCACUGAAGGGAGCUACUCCACUCCACUAGCUAAGCCACACACAGCCAUACCAAGCACAGUACAGAUAGCCGAGAGGAGCCAUGAGCAAGGACAGGCACGAGCACCACCUGCGGCGCUGCUGCGGCGGCCUCGCGGCGUGCCUCCUGUUCCUGGUCGUCGCCGUCGCGGUCACCGCGCUCAUCGUCUACCUGGUGCUCCGCCCCGCCAAGCCCUCCUUCUACCUGCAGGACCUGCAGCUCCGCUCCGUCAGCCUCGGGGACCCGUCCCUGUCCGCCACCGCGCAGGUCACGCUCGCCUCCCGCAACCCCAACGACCGCGUCGGCGUCCUCUACCGGCGCCUCGACGUCUUCGUCACCUACCGCGACGAGCCCGUGACCGUGCCGGUGUCUCUGCCGCCCGCGUACCAGGGCCACCGGGACGUCACCAUCUGGUCCCCCGUGCUGUCCGGGGAGUCCGUGCCCGUGGCCGGGUUCGUCGCCGACGCCAUGAAGCAGGACAUCGCCGCCGGGUACGUGGCGCUGCAGGUCAAGGUCGACGGCCGCGUCCGGUGGAAGGUCGGCAGCUGGGUCUCCGGCAGCUACCACCUCUUCGUCAGCUGCCCUGCGGUGCUUGCCGCCGGCCCCGGCGGUGUCCCGCCCGGGGCUGGUGGCCCCAACGGCACCGCCGGCCGCGCCGUCGCGUCGCUGAAGUUCACGCAGCCCACAGGGUGCACCGUCGGCACGUGAAGGAAAUUACGUACUAACGUGCCUACGUGGAAGAAAUUAUGUACUAAGUAGCGGUUUAAUUUUCUGCUUAUGUCUCGUGUAACGGGAGAAUAAAAUGUACUUCAAUUUUGGAACUAACGAUUGCAAUUUGUA